GAUUCAGAGCAUAUUGUAGCAACCAAAGUUUUAUCACUGGGAGUUGCUCAUCUCUGAAAUACUACUACCAUGUAGCCUUUCUCUUCUAGGUUUCAGAACUCGAAGUAAUGCUGUAGCCAGCUGAGGAGUGAAAUUUUCAAUAUUAGAAACAACAUAUAUUCUUCUACCAAUUGCUCAUUGAGUUCAUUUGUACCAGGAGAUAAUAACAAAGCUAAAUUUACAUCUUAUCUUCCAUGGCUCAAAAAGUAUCAGAUGCGAAGAAUAUCAGCUUGAAGGCAUUGGUGGACAAGGGGAGAAACAAAGUAAUCUUCGUAGAGGCCGAUCAUGAUUUCAUUGAUAUUCUCUUCAGUUUUUUGAUUUUACCAAUGGGAAAAAUUGUCAGGCUUGCCAGCGACCAUUCAACACCACUAGAAACAGGUUGCAUGAACAAAUUGUAUCAGAGUAUUGAGAAGCUUGAUGUGCAGGUUUUCAGGUCCAAUGCAUGUAGAGACAUGUUGUUACUUCCGCACAGUGCAGCUAACUCUUAUUGCAAGAAUCUCAAAUUGAAAAUUAUUGACGAUGCUGAGCCAACACGGUUUAAGUGCUGUUGGAGUUACUGUCCGUUGCGUUGGUUAAGUUAUUAUGAAACGGUUCCUUGCCCUUCCUGUUCAUAUAACGCGCCUACUGAAGUACAUCUUUCAGGGGGUGAUUCUCCAGUUGGAGGGGUCUUUGUAAAAGAGGGAGCCAUGGUUAUAGUUACUGAUGAUUUACAACUGAUACCCCCAUUAAGUGCAGCAAGCAUUUACUUGUUUACCAAGCUUGGAGCCACGAAUAGCAAUACCACUGAGGAGCUAACUUUCAGUAUUGGAGUCGAGCAGGUUUUGAAUUUGCAUGUGAGCUCAUUUGUAUCCAAAACGCCAUUCACUGAAACUCUGCUGAAGCUGAAUCCUGUACCAAAAUUAGGUGUGAAUUUCAGUCAAGGAAAAUGUAUUGAAUCUCAAAUGUCAGAGGCCUCGAUGAAUGAGGAAAAAGGAAACAUCUCUGUCAAGCUCGUAGUGAGUAAAUCAAAGAAUGUGGUUUGCUAUGCAGAAGUACGAGAAGAUUUUGUUAACUUGAUCUUCAGUUUUUUGACUCUUCCACUUGGGUUUAUAUUAAAGCAGAUGCUGGAUUUCCCUUGGAAAGGAUGUAUUGAUCAGUUGUGCAAGGGUGUCCUAGAUUUUGAUGAGCAAUUUUUUAAGUCAAAUCACCGCAAGGAAUUGCUAUGCAAUCCCAAACUUGUUCCUGGGUUCAGCUAUGAGAACAAUCUUUUAGGAAUUGAGGAGGCCGUGUACUAUAUGUUUCCUGAUCUGAAGUUGACUUCUGAUAGAUCCAUUAUCCCUUCUAACCAGUCCCCAGAGGCACUUAAAGUUAAAUUUUUUGAUCCCAAAUCCCAUGGUGAUGAAGAUAAAAAUGCUCAGGGAUUCUUAAAAGAACCAGCAAUUUUCAUAGUAACUGACAAUUUGGAUGUAAGGCGACUAUCUCCAAUCUUUCAACUGUCUGUUCUUAAUGAUUUGAAGGUACAUUUCACUGAUAUUGAGGAUCGAACUGUGCAUGUUGGCAAGAACGAGGCUUUGCGUCUUUUGGUGGCUUCUGUUGUUUCUGACUCAAUUCUAACCAAUGCUUUCCUACGGAAGCCAAAGGAGCCAUCGGUUAAGCAAGAGCAGUGAGGACUACUUAAGAAGAGGUAGUGCUUUUGUUGCUACUACACUCGUAUGCGUCUUGGUUUUUAAGAACUUCCAUUUAUAGCAACUAGUCUGCAUAUUUGGGUGCGAACUCUUUGGUCAUGUUUUUGUUACGUAACAUUGUGUUGUAAGAUUAUGCAUAUUGCUAUUGUGUCGGGAUUCGUCUGUGUGCGUCUGUCUCUGCUUUCAUCAUUAUGUGAAUAUGAACUUGUACUGCAGUACUGCCUAUGGUAACUUAAGACUGGUUAAGUUUUGUUCUAAUCGUAUCUAAGUAC